AUGGUGUCUUCUGGCAGAUCCUGGUUCGGGCGGAAAAGGAAAGCGAGCUCCGCAAGUCCGUUUCUGAUCCCGACGGAUGACAAGGACGUUUCGUUAGUUGUCCAGCCGGACGACACAAAUUUACUCGUCGUCAACGAUGCGGAACGGUCUCCUCGCUGCGCGCAGAAUGGAGAUCACAGUCCGGCGGAGACCGGUCCCACGUACGGGAUCGGGAUUGCUCGUGAAACUAGAGCGGGGAGUCAGCCUAAUAAUUCCGUUGCCAAUCUGCGAAAGGUUGUAGAGCGGCUCAAGGCGGAGCUUGCGCGCGCGCAGGCGCGCUCGGCCGAUGCGCCGGCGCGCGGCUUGGAGAUUGCGGCAAUAUAUCAGCAAUUGGCGGAGGAGAAGCGGGAGAACGCGCGGCAGGCAGAGGAGAUUGUUGAUCUGCGGGGUCAGGUAGCGCAAUCGGCCGGAACUAACUCGAAACUAGAGGGGCGGGAGAGCGCGGAAAAGGGGACGCAGACGGAGGACCAUCGAUAUCUCGAGGACGCCCUGAUGAUCAACGACCUUUUGAAUCGAGUGGAGGCAAUCGGCAGGGAACUCAAAGACGAGAAGCAGAAACUCGUCGAAGAGAAGCGGAAAAACGAAGAGAGGACGGCGUAUAUAGCGCGGCUCGAGGAAGAGAUGAGGCGCAGGCGGGAGGCGGGCGCGCGGUGCGCCGACGAGAGGGACCGGUUCGAGUACGUCCUCGCGCUGAACGGACAAACCGGUUCCAUCUCGCGUAGCGUCCUUGCGUCCGAUCCGGACUCGCUACUCUACAAAAUGUACGGCGGAGAUUGGGACUACGCGCGCGACAACGAGGGGCGCGCGAUCGUCACGUGCCAUCCGCAGCGCUGGGCCGCGGUUCUGGAGCACCUGGCGACCGGCGGAGUUCCGGCGGAACGGGAUCCGUUGCUGCUGGAGCAGGCGCGGCACUGGAAUCUGAGCCGUCUGGUGGAUGGCCUGGAAGCGCUGAACCCGGGCGUGAUCGUUACCAACGACUCAGAUCUGAUGGGAUUCACGGUCAGAUGUACGUUUACGACUUUGACGAAGCAGAUGAGCACCGGAACGAAGUCGACGCGGCUCACCUUUUCCGCGCCCCAGGGGCGCUGGUGGGCCGUGAAACUGUGCGAGCGAGGCGUCUUUUUGUGGUCGGUGACAGUCCCCGGGGGAAAUUCAGGGGAUCUCAAGAAGAUCAGAAUUUCUCGGAAAUGGCGCUUGCUCUUGCGCUCGGAAAUAAUCGAAGUCACGAGUACGAGUUUGGAGUACGCAGCUGCUAGAGAGGACGAUUGGGGGCAUUCUUGGGGGAGGAAUAGUGAGCGGCGGCCGCCCAACCCUCGAGGUCGGGGCGCCUGGCCUUGCCAAGCCGCAAGCGGAAGCUCUGCGGGGCCAAGCGGUCCCAGCUUGUUGAACGAAGCAGCACAGAGUAAGACGCAACGGGCUGGGUUUGGGACUGCCACCGUCAUUUUUGGUACAUUCGCGAACGUGGAUCUCGAGCUCUCCGCCGACCUCUUCGCUACUAUCGUUCCAAACGGCAACCCCACAGGGAUGGGGAUAACGUUCCACGAUGCGCGCCGCCAACCGGUGGUGUCCCCUCAACGGGUUUCUUUGAUGGCUUAUGGCCAGGGGUAUGGUUCAGUAUCUUCACCAGCAACCCUGAUUGGCGGCGCGUACUUCAUCAGCGCCAAUCACCAUUACGAGCUAGCUUUAGAUGGAGGCAAGAAAUACCAAAUCACACCCUUCGGCGGAUUCCAGAUCCACGAAAGGUCCCUGUAG